AAACUGGUUCCUUUCUCUUCAACUCAUUGUCAACAAUAUAUACACACACAUAACAUAAAGUUUUUCAGUUGCUACUUCAUUUCUUAAUUCCUAAUAUAACCUUUUAACAUUCAAAAACUAAUUUCAUUUUCUUCCAUUUAUUGCCUUCAAAUAUGAAGCUUAUCAUCAUGAAUAUGUCUUUCCCUCUAUUAUUCCAUAUUUUGUUUCUUGUCUUUUGUUUGAUCUCUUCAUUUGCUAGUGGAGCUACUUUAUUAGAAAAAGAAGUACAAGUUAUGAAAGAGAUAGCUAAGAAACUUGGGAAGAAGGAUUGGGACUUCAGGAUAGAUCCAUGCAGUGGAGAAAGUAACUGGACAUCUUCUGUGCAAGUCAGUGGAUUUGAAAAUGCUGUAACUUGCAAUUGUUCUUUUGCCAAUGCUACUAUCUGUCAUAUUGUUAGCAUUGUUCUGAAGUCACAAAAUCUUUCGGGCACACUUCCAACAGAAUUUGUGAAAUUGCCAUACCUCCAAGAAAUUGAUUUCACACGUAACUACCUUAAUGGUACAAUCCCUCCACAAUGGGCUUCCAUCAAUCUUGUCAACAUUUCACUAUAUGGAAACCGGUUAACUGGUCCAAUCCCAAAAGAAUUUGGAAAAAUUACUACCCUGCAAAAGUUGGAUCUAGAGUUCAAUCAAUUAUCUGGACAGCUUCCUCCAGAGCUUGGGAAUCUUCACCAACUUGAAAAUUUGCUUCUUAACUCCAAUAAUUUUACUGGAAAUUUACCUGCAACAUUUGCUAAGCUCACAAAGUUAAAGCACAUUCGACUCGGAGAUAAUCAAUUCAUUGGAACUAUACCCGAUUUCAUUCAAAGCUGGACAAGUCUUGAGAGGCUGGUGAUGCAUGGGAGUGGUUUGAGUGGGCCAGUUCCGCCUGGAAUUUCAUUUCUAAAAAACCUCACUGACUUGAGAAUAAGUGACUUGAAAGGAUCCGAAUCUCUUUUUCCACAACUUCUUAACUUGACAAAUCUUGAAACAAUAAUACUGAGGAGUUGCAAUCUUAUAGGAACAGUUCCUGAAUAUCUUGGAAAUAUUACCAAUUUAAGAAACUUAGACCUCAGUUUUAACAAAUUAAGUGGACAGAUUCCGAACACCUUGGGCAGCCUCGAGAACAUAAAUAUACUAUAUUUAACUGGAAACAAUUUUAAUGGACCAUUGCCAAAUUGGAUAGCUAGACCAGACUACACAGAUCUAUCAUAUAACAACCUGAGCAUUGAAAAUCCAGAGCAGUUGACAUGUCAACAGGGAACCGUGAACUUGUUUGCAUCAUCUUCAAAGGGAAGUAACUUGGGAAUGGUUUCAUGUUUAGGGAGCAUUAAUUGUCCUAAAACUUUGUACUCUCUUCAUAUAAAUUGUGGUGGUAAGCUCAUAACUUCUAAUAAAAGCUUGACAUAUGACGAUGAUUCAAAUGAAAUUGGACCAGCAAGCUUUCAUCGGACUGAAUCGAACUGGGCUCUUAGCAACACUGGUCACUUCUUUGAUAGUGGCCUUGCGGACUACUAUACUUGGUCUAAUAAAACUAACCUUUCCAUGGAAAAUGCCGAAUUGUAUAUGGAUGCACGCGUUUCUCCUCUUACUCUAACUUAUUACGGAUUUUGCCUGGGAAAUGGAAACUACAUGGUAAAUCUCCAUUUCGCAGAGAUAAUGUUCACCGAUGAUCAAACAUAUAAUAGCCUUGGAAGGCGUAUAUUUGACAUCUAUAUUCAGAGAAGGUUGGUGUUGAAGGAUUUCGAUAUUGCAAAAGAAGCCGGUGGAGUUGGUAAGGCAAUCAUAAAGAAGUUCACUGCUAUUGUGACUAAUAAUACGUUGGAGAUUCGCCUUCAUUGGGCUGGGAAAGGGACAACUGCUAUUCCAUUUGGAUCAGUAUAUGGUCCUCUUAUAUCGGCUAUAUCGGUUGAUCCUGACUUUAUACCCUCGGUGGAAAAGGGAAGUGGCAUGCCUGUGUUGGAUAUUGUUACAAUUGUAGUUGGCGGAGUACUAGUUAUCUUCAUGGUAUUUGGUAUAGCUCAGUGGAGACGACGUCGACGACAGAUAGGUCCAUUAGAAAAAGAGAUAAAUGGUUUAGAUUUCCAACCUGGGUUAUUUUCGUUACGGCAAAUCAAAGCAGCAACUAACAACUUCGAUAUUGCCUUUAAGAUUGGAGAAGGAGGGUUUGGUCCUGUUUUCAAGGGUGUUCUUUCGGAUGGAACAAUAGUAGCAGUUAAGCAACUUUCUUCUAAAUCAAAGCAAGGGAAUCGCGAGUUUAUAAAUGAGAUUGGCCUUAUUUCGGCUUUGCAACACCCUUGUCUAGUUAAGCUCUAUGGUUGCUGUAUGGAGGGAGAUCAGUUGUUGCUGAUAUAUGAAUACAUGGAAAAUAAUAGCCUUGCUCGUGCUUUGUUUGCCAAAGACAAUGGUCAAAUGAAAUUGGAUUGGCAAACGAGGAAGAAAAUUUGUGUCGGUAUUGCUAGAGGUUUGGCUUACCUUCAUGAAGAGUCGAGGCUAAAGAUAGUUCACAGAGACAUCAAGGCAACUAAUGUGUUACUCGAUAAAGAUCUUAAUCCAAAGAUAUCUGAUUUUGGUUUGGCCAAACUUAAAGAUGACGGACACACCCACAUAACCACUAGAGUAGCAGGCACUUACGGAUAUAUGGCUCCAGAAUAUGCAAUGCAUGGUUAUUUGACGGACAAAGCGGAUGUUUAUAGUUUUGGAGUUGUUGCCUUGGAAAUAGUUAGUGGGAAGCACAACACCAUGAACCAGCCAAAGGAUGAAUGCUUUUCUCUUGUUGAUUGGGUGCAUCUCUUGAAGGAAGAAGGUAACAUAAUGGAACUAGUUGAUGAGAGGUUAGGUGAAGAAUUCAAAAAAGAGGAAGCAAUGAUGAUGAUCAAUGUGGCACUUUUAUGCACUCAUGUUUCUCCAAUGAACAGACCAACAAUGUCAUCAGUGGUAAACAUGCUUGAAGGAAAAUCUGUUGUUCAAGAAGUUUAUUGUGACACAAGUCAAGUUUUUGAAGGCAAGAAGUUGGAGAUGAUUCAACAAUGUUACCAACAAAGUGAAAAAAAUGAUACACCUGAGAUUGAGACUGAAGAAGAGAGUAUCUUAAUAGAUUCAACUGCAGUAUAUAUGUCUUAUGCAGAUCAACAUUCUAUUAACAUGGAUUCUCCCUAUAGAAGUUUAAAUACCUUGUAAAUUGUUUUAUAUCUUCUAAUCUUUCUUUCAACAUAGGAAAUGGUAUUUUAGGAUUGUUAUUAAAAAAACAGUUAAGGAGUUUAAAACUCUCAUACAGAAGUUAAUAUAUGGAAACACUUAAAGUCUGAUCAUGAAUUGUUCUCUCAAGGAAUUGAACUCGAGUUUUCCCGAACGAU